AUGCUCCUCUCGCCCAACUCGUCCAGCAAGCCGGCCCAUGGCGAGGCCGACGUGCCCGAGGAUGUCGAUGAACCCCCUGAAAACGUCAUGCACGCCACCUCGAUGAACUCCGACCAGAUUGUGCUUUCUCGGCCGACAGUGAACCGCAAGGAAUCACUGCUCACGCGCGCGUUGAAGAGCAGCCCGGAGAUGUCCCCAACCGAUCCACACGCCUCCCACUACGACUCCUAUAUGUACCGAUCCUACCCGCAUAGCAACAUCAGUGGCGUCUCGACGGCCGAGUUGACCAGCGACGGCGGCCUCACGAGUCCAUCCUUGUCUAAUACUCCCAGCCCACCUUUACCACCUCAAAUGAUGAAAAAUGCCGCGUUGAUGGGAAAGAAGAAUUUGACACCUAAGGUGAAGGUCGUUGAUGCCAGUGAAACUUCUGUCGAGGCCAACCUUGGCCGCAAGCGAUGCAUUAGCUUCGCUUGUGGUCGUAAGACGGAUGAGAAGAAUGAGCUGGGAUCUCCCGUCUCACCUUCUGGGUCACAAGUAGUCACGCCCAAAGCCCAAGCACCAAAGGAGCUUCCCUCAGAAGAUGUCUCGAUUCAACCCCUCAAGCGCAAAACCACACUUACUUUCGCCCCUCCCCCCCGGCCGCGAUGCCGUGGCUCCCCUGCACCUGCUGCUCGCAGGGCAUCUCCCAUCCCGAAGGAAACUCCCAAGGAGAUUUCCAAUGAUAAGUCUGUCUCUGCGUCUACAGAGCGCAAAGGUGUCCCGACCAGUGGACUGGGCAAGUUCGAGGAAUCCGAAGCUACUCGAUUCCACGAAUUUGCUAGCUCAAUGGACGAAGACGAUGAAUGGGUAAACAGGGAGGCUGACUAUACGCAAAAGAUUACUUUGAACGACUGUAUGAAGAAAGAGAUGGCUAUCCGACGGCUCGGUGAACAGGCAGAGGAAGAGGCUUUGGAGGAGGAAGAGGAUAUGGAAGACCUUCCUGACGACGACGAGACCGUGCACGACUUCUCUUCAGACGACGGCAACGAAUCGGACAAUGAGGCUGGCUUCGCAGACUCGGACGAGAGCGACGAUGAUGGCUCCGACAUCGAGUUUUGGGGAUCGUCACACCAUAUCCCAGAACCCUCCAGUCAAUCCACCGAUGCACGCCCCUCGACCAUGGAACGCCGGGCCUCGAACACAUCUUUCGACUCCAUGACGGACGAUCACUCGAACUGGCUCCCAGCCCCCGUGCAAAGGAUCACCAGCCGUCGCACUUCGAAGACCUCCAAGAGCAUCAGUAUCCGUCCGAAGACCCCGAACCUUCCUGAUAGCACCGACUUUGUCUGUGGAACUCUGGAUGAGGAUCGCCCCCUCGAACUCGCCUACAAAACUUGCCUCGAAGAACGGCGCCGCCUAAAGGAAGUUAUCAUCCCGCAGGAUAUCGACCCCAGCUUCCCCACCAGUGAUCCGGAGGACAAUGAGGACCUCGAACCAUCCGAGGAGGAGGUUUCCAGCAUGUGCUCCGUCACAGGUCGCCGCGAUGAAAUUACCCGAGGAAGGCCAGAGGGCGAUGCCCGCAAGCAAUCACCCCAUCGCUCCCCAGACGUUUGA